AUGGAAGCGGCAAGAGCAGUGGCCACGGAUCUGAGCAACACGACUGUACUUAGAACCGUGGCGUCAUCAGCAUCGUCCAUAAUUGGUGCGGCGGCAGCAGCAGUGGCCGAGGCACAGCCGUCAGCCUCCACAUCCAGCUCCUCAUCAUUCUUAUUGCUGGAGCUGCCGUUCCGCCAAUUGAUCCGACUACAGCCACCACCUGCAUUUAUAGCCAGUACUAGGCGGAUGGCCGCUCAUUUGGAUGUCACUACAGUUGCAGCCAUCGUUGGCUUCGUCUUUGUUUUUUGUCUUUAUCUGAUACACAUCAUUGCACUGUCGUACUCAAAGUACCGGUUACAUCACCAAGUCAAUCCUAAUUCUUCACUACCCGGAGUUUCAGUGAUAAAACCCAUAGUUGGAACAGACAAAAAUCUUUAUCAAAACCUCGAAUCAUUCUUCACAACUCAAUAUCAUAAAUUCGAACUCCUGUUUUGCUUCCAUUCUAGUAAUGAUGAGGCUGUAGAUGUUGUGAGAAGUCUUAUGAACAAAUAUCCAGACAUCGACGCCAAAAUGUUCUUCAAAGGAGAGAACGUUGGUCUGAAUCCUAAAAUUAACAACAUGAUGCCAGCAUAUCGAGCUGCUCGCUACCCGCUAGUUUUAGUCAGCGACAGUGGAAUUUUCAUGCGCCCAGAUGGAGUUCUCGAUAUGGCAACUACCAUGAUGAGUCAUGAGAAGAUGGCGUUGGUGACACAAGCCCCGUAUUGCAAGGAUCGAGAUAGUUUCGAUGCUGCAUUUGAGCAACUUUACUUUGGAACGUCUCACGGAAGGAUUUAUCUUGCUGGAAACUGCAUGGACUUUGUUUGCUCUACGGGAAUGUCAUCAAUGAUGAAAAAGGAGGCUUUAGAUGAGUGCGGUGGAAUCGCUAACUUUGGAGGAUAUCUCGCUGAAGACUAUUUCUUUGGAAGAGAAUUAGCUAACCGUGGAUAUAAGUCAGCAAUUUCCACACAUCCUGCUCUACAAAACUCAUCUUCUGUCUCGAUUUCAUCGUUCCUCGAUAGGAUAUGCAGAUGGGUCAAGCUCAGAAUUGCCAUGCUCCCACAUAUAAUACUUGUCGAGCCGCUACAGGAUUGCUUCCCGUCUGGUCUUAUUAUGGCAUUUAGUCUCAAAUAUUUGCUUGGUUUCAAUGUGACAACCACUCUGAUACUCCAUACCAUUUACUGGAUUAGUAUGGACUACUCACUAAUGACCAGUAUGCAGAACGGAAGUCUAGGAUUCUCAGCCGGAAAAUUCCUGCUCAUCUGGUUGCUCCGAGAGCUCUCCGCGCCACUUGUAUUUAUUAAAGCACUUUUGGAACCAACGAUUCGAUGGAGGAACAAUGUAUUCCAUUUGACAUGGGGUGGUCGGAUUCAGCCACAAAAUAGUUGA